UAGUGCUAGACAUCUUUUCAAAUAAUCUGCUUCUGUCCUGUUCAGAAUUGUGCCCAAGUUGAAGCCUCAGAUCUCUUCUUUAAAAUGAACCUUAGUGCUGCAAACCACUGGAUACCUCUAAGUGAUGGAAACAGCAUUCCGAUCAUUGGGCUUGGUACCUACUCAGAUCCUAAACCGAUCCCUAGGCAAACCUAUACAUCGGUGAAGGCAGCCAUCGAUGCGGGGUACCGACACAUUGAUGGGGCCUCUCUCUACCACAAUGAGCAUGAAGUUGGUGAGGCCAUCAGAGAGAAGUUGGCAGAAGGGAAGGUGAAGAGGGAAGAGAUUUUCUACUGUGGAAAGCUGUGGUCUACAAAGCAUGACCCAGAGAUGGUCCGGCCCGCCCUAGAGAAAACCUUGAAGACUCUCAAGCUAGAUUACAUAGAUCUUUACAUCAUUGAAAUGCCCAUGACCUUUAAGCCUGGAGAGGAAUUUUAUCCUAAAGAUGAAAAUGGCAAAUGGCUAUAUGACAAAUCAGACCUGCCUGCCACUUGGGAGGCAAUGGAAGCUUGUAAAGAUGCUGGCUUGGUGAAAUCCCUUGGAGUGUCCAAUUUUAACCGCAGACAGCUGGAGCUCAUCUUGAACAAACCAGGACUCAAGUACAAACCAGUCACCAACCAGGUUGAGUGCCAUCCUUAUUUCACCCAGCCAAAGCUCUGGAAAUUUUGCCAGCAACAUGACAUUGUUAUUGUUGCAUAUAGCCCUUUGGGGACCUGUAGGAACCCAUCAUGGGUGAAUAUAUCUUCUCCACCUUUGUUAAAGGAUGAAAUUCUAAACUCACUGGGGAGAAAGUACAAUAAGACAGCAGCUCAGGUUGCAUUGCGUUUCAACAUCCAGCGAGGGAUCGUUGUCAUCCCUAAAAGCUUUCAUCCUGAAAGGCUCAAAGAAAACUUUCAGAUCUUUGAUUUUUCUCUCACUGAAGAAGAAAUGAAGAGUGUUGAAGCCUUGAAUAAAAAUACCCGCUUCGUGGACCUGCUCAUAUGGAGUGAUCAUCCUGAGUACCCGUUUCAUGAAGAAUACUGACAGGGAAGAGUUCUUCAGAAGAGUUUUCUCUCUCAUUCAGGAUCAUGGGCUAAUUCCCCACGAUGUGAAAGUGAACUGGGCUUUUGCUAUCCUGAGGUGAAGUUUCAAUGGACCCACAUCAUGAUGAACUUUUGUGUAGUAUGGCCUGGCCUUAACUCUGACAAAGAAAAAUAAAUAAAUCUGUCUAAAUACUUAUUUAA